ACAGCGGAUCAACAGAGCCGAAGAUGCCAGCUCAGUCAUGUGAUCAGCUGUGUCCAAUCACAGCUGAUCACAUGUAAAUAGGGAAAUGCCGAGGGGACAUGUACACUAAUCAUCAGGGCCCUGAUGAUCUGUGUAGCCCCAGCAGUGCCACCUGUCAGUGUCCAUCAGUGCCAGCUGUCAGUGCUCAUCAAUGCCACAUUUCAGUGCCUACCAGUGCAUAUCCAUACCACAUAUCAGUGCCCAUCUGAGCUGCCUUUCAGUGCCACCUAUCAAUGCCAGUCAGUGCCGCCUAUCAGUGCCCGUCAGUGAUGCCUGUCAAUGCCCAUCAGUGCCACCUAUCAGUGUCCAUCAGUGCAGCCUAUCAAUGCCCAUCAGUGCAGCCUCAUAAGCGCACAUCAGUGA